UAAAAGCUUUCGGCCAAUUCAAAAUAAGAAAGCUAGCUGGGAAUCUCUCCCUUGCAAAAUCCAACAGACGGAAUCAACAAUCUACAUAAGACCAUUCCUACAAUUGUUGUCAAAGCUUUCUUAUUCUGUGUGAAUUAAUAUGAGAAGAGCUAGAGGUUUCAGGAUUGGGCGGAAGCUGGUCGGGGUUUUCACGUGGGUCAUUCACCGGAGGGCGAAGCCGGGCGGCUCUUACCGGCUGCUGGAACCGCGAAGCUCCGCCGCGGACGGAGGAGCGCUUUCUAAGCUGCGGCGGAGCUUGGGGGGUUUGUUGAAACGGCGUCGUCCGGGUCCGGGUUAUGUUCGGGUCGGGCAAGAAGCGGCGGAGGAGAAGAGAGGCGUGGGUGUGCCGAAGGGGCACCUGGCGGUGUACGUGGGGGAGAAGGAAGACGGCGCGGCGGCGGCGGCGGCGGCGCGUAGAGUGGUGGUGCCCGUCAUCUACUUUAACCAUCCGCUGUUCGCGGAUUUGUUGCGGGAGGCGGAAACGGUGUACGGGUUCAAUCACCCCGGUGGGAUCCAGAUUCCUUGCCGGAUAUCGGAGUUUGAGAAUGUGCAGUCCAGAAUCGCCGCCACGGGCGGUGGUGACGGCUGCAACUUCCGGCGGCGGAGCUGGAGACACAGAAUCAAAUGGUGAAGUGGAUCGACGGUCUUGAUAAUUUCGUAGGAUUAUUCUAGGAUUCGUUUGGUAGUAAGUAGUUACUGCCUCUCCGGCCGGUUUUCUCUUGUUUUUUUUUUUUUUCUUCAUGCGAGUGGAAGAUUUUCUUGUACAAAACUUUACCUGCCAAACCAACCGCAACGAACCCAAAAAGAAAAUAAGGAUGUAUUUGAAAACUAUGAAAAUGAAUUCAUCAGGAAAAUGUAUUUUCA